GGUUUCCGCGAAGCUACGGUUUUCGAAAAGAAGAGCUUGUUUCUUUGCGAUAAUUUUAAGUUCAGAUGGAAAAAUGGUGAUUUCAAAUCCCCACGCAUCUCUUCUGGAAAAAUUAAACUUGACUUUGGAUCAAUUAGAUUAUAAAUAUAUUGAAAAUUGCAAGAAUGUCAAACAGCUUGAAAAGAUUUUGAGAGUUCUAAGAAGCGGAGAAGAAGGUGUAUUUCCUCAUUUAAUAAAAUUUUGUGAAGCAAGAUUACAGCAGGUGGACCCAAGCAACAAGUAUUUACUUUCAGCUCAAGGUAUCAUGAAUUAUUCUGACCUACCAGAAGAGGAAAAGGAAAAUAUUCUGGCUGGCAUUGAAGAUUGGUCAAAACAAUACUCCAAACGAGAGUGUCAAAAUACGUCAACAGAAGUAUAUGAUAUUCCACCAAUAAGAGGACAAAAAAAUUCGACGAUAGAACAGCAGAUUGAUACGGAGAAAUCAGAGCAGAAGAUUAAUGAAACGAAGAAUAAAAUUUGUAAGCCAAGAAGUUAUCAAGAAUGGGAUAAAUUUGACGUCGAAGGGGAAUUAGAAAAGUUGGAAGAUAAAAACGAAGUGGAAACAGAAGAAAAAGUUACGAUCAAUAAAUAUAUUCCAGUUACAGGUUUAUCUGCAGCCGAGAGAGAACAUAUUGCAAAUUUAGAAAGAAUCAAAGGCAAUGAGGCUUUUAAAGCUCAAGAUUAUGAAGAAGCUGUAUUGUAUUACACACGUAGCUUAUCAGCGCUCAGAUCGGUAAAAACUCUCAACAAUAGAGCUCAAACUCAUCUCAAGCUAAGAAACUACUUGGAAGCUGUAAUCGAUUGCAAUGAAGUUAUAAGCAUGGAACCCAACAAUAUAAAAGCGCUUUACAGAAGAGGAAUUGCUCAUAAAGAAGCUCAAAUGUUCGAUCUGGCUGUUAUAGACUUCGAAAUUAUUUUAAGGCUGGAGCCAGAAAAUAAAUCAGCAAAAGAUCAAUUGAAACAAAUUGAAAACUCUAUGAUUCAGAAACCUGAGGAAAAGAGAAAAGUUGUUAUAGAAGAAUUAGAAUCAGAAACACUACACAACGGUGAUACAAAUGAAUCGGCAUUCAGUACUGAAGAUGGGAAGACUAGUAAAAGACUGGCAAUUGAAGAAAUAACAGAGAGUCCGAGACAAAUGCUUGAUGAAAUAUGCGAUUGCCAUGUAAGCGACGACAACAUGAGACCGCUGUCUAAAAACACGAAAGAAAUGCUGAGUAUUUUUAAAACGGAACACAAGUCCAUAGCAAACACAAAAAAGGAAAAAGUUAUAGUAGAAGAAACUGAAAAUCAGUUAUCCCAAGGAAAUUCUAAAUCAAUUGCUAUGAUUAAUGAUUUUGAUAUUUCGAAAAUGCCUUCUGAGAAAGCCAAUACUAAGACAGGUUUCAAAAAUAUCAAAAUUCAAAGUGAGCUGGAAUAUUCCAGUAUCAAUAAGCAAAACAAUAGAGAAUCAUUUAUAAAAGAAAAAGUUUCAAAUUCUCCAAUAAAAAUCGAAGAGAUGUAUUCUGAAUUGAGUAAAACUUCAAAAACUGAAACGGUGGAAGACAACGACGAAAAUCGGGUAUUACAUUCAACAAAAGAAAUAUUUUCAAAAGCAGAAGAAUAUAAAAAUGAAGAACAUUCCAUGACAACAAAAUUCGUGGCACUACACAGAGUUAGUCCGUUUGAAUUCCUACAAGUGUGGCUUUCCAACAACUGCAAUUCUAACAGUAAGAAUGGAGCUGCCUGUUUAUUAGCUGUAAAACCACAAGAACUACCAAAACUUUUAACGAACAAACUGGACGGGCCUCUUUUAAGCAGUUUAUUAAAAGCCAUCAAAUAUUUAUUUAAUGCAGGAAAACUGAAAGAAAGCUUGGAAUAUAUGAAAUUCUUGUUAGAAGUUCCUCGCAUAAAAUUAACAGCUUUAUUUUUAUCCAGUGAUGAAAAAAAUGAUGUAAAAGACCUUCUAAUUAUAAUGGAAAAUCAGCUUGGGCACAAUUUAGACCAUGCACGAAAAGUACUGUCAAUCAACUGAGAACCAUUGACAAGCAAUGAGUGAAAGAUAAAAUGAUUUUGCAGUGCAUGUGAUGACAAUGGAUGACCAGCUAAAUUACCUGAGUGCACAUAUGAUUGAGAAUUCUGGAGUUACAAGAGACAAAAAAUAUGAAACUUAAAUAAAGUGUAAUAAAUGACUAGACAUCUAGCAUCCAAUAAAAAUACCAAGCAUAAACUAUCCUUAACAAUAUGGCAAGAAUUUACAUUACAAUAUAUUAUUACAUUUUGUUCAAAUAAUGAUUAUCAAAGAUUUCAUAGCAACACUUUCCAGCAACAGUCUUGAACUACAUUUUUUAAUCAUUUUUAA